CAUUCUUUUGCGAUAUGUUUAUGACAUCAUUUAGAUGUUGUGUUGUUUCAGUUACAUCUCGAGAUAUGUUUAUAGGUCAUAACAAUCGACAACUACACCAUGAUCGCAUGGCGUUACCCCCUUCCGACGACGUGUCUGUUAGGCGGAGUAUCUUAUCGCAUUUACAACGCACUUAUUGUUAUCCAAAUGAUGCAGAUAAUCGUAUUAUCACUAGCAGAAUGUACAAGCGAUGGCUUCUUCUUCUGCAUCACAAUGCAUCUGUGUGGUCAGCUGGAGCUGCUUAGAAAUCGUUUCGCUGAGAUCAGAAGAGGAACCGAUGACAAAGUACAUAACGAUAACUCAUUGCGACCAUUAAUUAUAAGGCAUCAGAAGCUGAUAACAUUAGCCAGAAAUAUUGAAGACUCUUUCAAUAUUAACAUUUUGAUACGCUUUAUAUUAAUUAGCGUAGUUAUCGCGAUGUCAGGUAAACUUUUCAUAGGAUUGCGCGUCAUUACUUUAUUCAGGCAACGCGAAUACAAUGAAGUCAUGAAAAUGUUGUUCUUCAUCCAAUUUUAUACUCUACAGUGCUUCUUGUUUACACACGCCGGCGAUACCUUACACAGUCAAAGCGCGUCGAUUAUCACGUCGAUAUACAAUACAACGUGGUACGAAUUGUCGCCCACCAUUGUGAAGGAUCUGAUGCUUAUUAUGAUCAGAUUGAAGAUCCCACUACGACUUAGCGCCGGAAAGUUUUUUUUUUUAACACGAUCUACUAUGACGGAUAUUCUAAAAUCCACCAUGACGUACAUAUCAUUCUUACAGGUAACGAUGGAGGAUUAAAAACAUUCCGAUACGAAUGUUAAUCUAGUCGUUAAUACGAUAUGUACGGAUGAAUAAUGUAAUAUAAAUAUGUUUGUGCUUCGGUAAAUUGCAAUUCAAAUAUUUCGAUUGUAUUAUUUACUUUCACAUUAUUAGUACUAGCUCUUCUAUAUUUAUUUAUAAACUUGUUUGUGAAGAAAAAGCAUA